AUGAACAAACUGGAUGAGCUGGAGGACCUGUCAUGGGCCGCAGAGCAGCCUCGACGCUUGACCAUCACGGUCACUCCGUCCCACAAGUCGCGCAAGUCCGUGGAGUUAUCCGUAGAGGACUCGCAACUGGUGCGUCGGACGUCGAUGCUGCUGGCGAGUCCUGCAGGGCCCGAGGUGGUUCUAUCGCACGCUGAGAUUCAGAGAGCGGAGCGGCUCCAUCGCUUCGGAUCCAAGUUCUUCGGAGCCUCACACACAGCCAGCGGGCGUCGACGACGCGAUGGACGGAGUAUGCGCGCAGGCCGCAUCUCGAGUCCGUCGCUCUCUUCUGUGGAGGACAAGGACCAUCACGACGACGAGGACAACGAACAUGAUAAAGACUCAGAGGUGGUGGUCAAACCGCUUCGACAUUCGUGGCCGCCGUGGCUUGAAAACUUCCGCCAAAGGCUCCGAAUAGCUGUAAAAGCUCAAUGGUUUCGCUCCAUUCUGUACCUCGUGGUGGUCGGAGAUCUCUUAGUGUUGGGGCUCGAUAACGAAUACGCCACGGGGUCAGCCCUAGCGCAGCUGGAUAUCACAUUAACCGUCAUGCUGCUCAUGGAGGUCGUACUGAAGGUUAUCGCCUUCGGGUUGUGGGGCAACAAGGACGCGUAUUUCCAGCGCUCUCGCUACCGAUUCCUGCAAGUCGGGCUCUUACUCAUCAGCUUGAUAUCGUACGGACUUCCAGGUGGGGGUGGCAAGUGGAAGGUGCUGCGUGGACUGAAGACCGUGCGGAGUUUGACGCUUUACUCCGGACUGAGGCGAAUUCUCAAGGCAUUGGUGCGCGCGAUCCCCUUUCUAGCAAAUGUCGGUACAUUGUCAAUGUUUGGGCUGCUGGCGUUCUCGAUAUUUGGGCUGGAAGCGUACAGCGGCUCCUACAGCGAGCAGUGCACCAUCCCCGCGAUGGACGAGGACGAGUAUGCUCUGUUGUAUGGCUCUGCGUCGGCGUCUGCAGCAUCAUCUAUUGGCACGAUGGCGAUGGAGGCGCUUGAAGCCAUUCCGCGCGUGUAUUGCUCCACCAACUCGAGUUGCGCCGAUAACGGGCAGAUCUGUCUGGCCAGGGCGCCGCCUUCAAGUCACGUGAACUUCGACAGCGGGUUAUCAUCACUGUUUCUUGUGUUUCUCGUCGUGGCGCAGGACGGCUGGGUGACGGACAUCAUGAAGCCCGUGAUCGAGGCGUCGUCGUUCUUCAGCGUGCUCUUCUUCGUGGCCAUCGUCGCGUCCAUGGUGUUUCUAGUGGUGAAUCUGUUCGUGGCCGUGAUCACCACUGCGUUCAUGAACUUUACGAUCGAUGAGGAGAGCGAGAAGGAGAAGCCCCACUUCAUGGGGAAGCUCGACCCCCAAAUGGAGGAGACGCACGUGAAUAUGAUCAUGGGCGCGACGCUCGUCAUCGAGGAGACGAUAAGCAGCGACGAAGGAGGAGGAGGAGGAGAAAGUGGAGGCGCUGACCCAAGUGCAGUAGAACAAGCCACGCCAUCUGAGCCAGUAGACGCCAGCAGUGACAGCUCCUUCCUCGUAGCGCGCGAUACCUCCUUCUCUCGAACAAGUUUCGCCUCAAUGCCCAUUGGAUCCGUAGCGGAUGAGGACUUGAUCCCUCCAUCUCGAAAACGGCGGCCAGCGAGCGCCCCUGAGUACAGCAAGACCGUGAACAGUAAACAAGACUAUCUGAGUCUGCUGGCAAGGAUGCAUCAGUGGCAGUCUCUGCGCAACUUAACAGUGGAGACCACCAUGCAGCUGAUCCAGAACGGCGUGCUGAUGGAGGAGAUCAUGGGGCCUCUAACGCGCACGCUGCAGACUGCGAGCGGAGAGCCGAUUAAGAGGUUGUCCGACACCGCAAUCGCUACGGCCAGGCUCGCUACUGCGCGCAAGAAGGCGCUGACCAUGGAGGCGAUCCCGGACCUCGACGUGCUGCACUUCUCCACGUCCACCCACGCGCUGGUGAUGCAAAACACGGCGACCACGAGCCCCUUGUUCAUCAAGUUCCAGCGCUUUGUGCUGUCCAAGAAGUUCGACGACUUCAUCACCGUCUGUAUCCUCCUGAACACGCUCUUCUUGCUCGUGGAGUACCCAAACAUGAGCUCGGAGCUGGACCUCGUGCUCUCAGUCAGCGAGUACUUCUUCGGCGUGAUAUUUCUGAGCGAGAUGCUCAUGCGCAUCGUGGCCAUGAGGGGCCUGCGCAUCUAUCUGAGCAGCACGGAGCGCGUAUUCGACAUGGUCGUGGUCUUCUGCACUUCGGGGAACCUCGUGCUCAACAACUUGGACGUGAGCUUCAGCGGCCUCAACAGCGUGUCGUCGCUGCGUACGCUGCGUGUGACGCGCCUCAUGAUGAAGUACGAGGGCACGCGCAAGCUGAUCCAGUCCGUGCUGAAGUCCUCGCGUGGCGUGCUGGACGUCGUCGUGUUCAUGCUGAUCUUCCAGGUCGUCAACAGCAUCAUCGGCAUGCAGCUCUUCGGUGGCUCGCACCUCAAGCAGAAGGACGGCGAGGUGCCGCGCUGGAACUUCGACACCUUCGGCCGGUCCUUCCUCACUCUGCUGCAGGUCAUCACGGGCGACCAAUGGUCCAGCAUCGCGUAUGACGCAGUGGACGCGGCCGACCCGCACUGGUUCAUGGUCCCCUUUCUCAUCCUCAACUUCAUCGUGGGUCAGUACGUGCUGCUCAACCUCUUCAUCGCCGUCAUCCUCGAGAACUUCUCCAUCUCGGAGGAGGAGGCGUACCAGCUGCAGCUCGCGCAGAUCAUCGCCAUCCCCAAAGAGCUCGACAUCUACGAGAAGAUCGAGGAGGUCGGAGUGCGCGCGUUCCGAGAGAUGGAUCAGCUCGAAAACGUCAGCAAUGUCAAGCUGCGCAUGUUCCUCGGCAUGGACGACCGGAAGGAGGACAUGGCGCAAGCUGGCCAGCCGGAUGGCGACGCCUGCAACAUCCAGGGCAGCAGUGCUAGCCCUCGAAAUGGGGUCAUAGUCUCGCAAACACGCAACAACAACCAUCGGAUGAGCUCGCAGCGCGUCUCGGCGUGGAAAAGGUUGUGUCGGGAGGUGGUUAUAAACGUCUGGUUCUCGCGCUUAGUGCAGCUGAUGAUCGUGGUGAGCUGUCUUUGCCUCGUGCUGGACGAGCCCCACCCCGAGAUGAGUAUGUCGCCUCCGAGCGAGACGUUCGACUUCGCCAUUACGACCAUGAGCCGCAUCGCACUCGUUGUGCUCUUCAUUGAGUUUGUAGUGAAAGUCGGGGCUUCCGGUUUCGGCUUCGAGUACUUGCGCGUGAAGAUCUUCCACAGCGAUGAGAUGCUCGGCUACGUGCACCGCCAAACGUACAUGGAGAACAGGUGGAACCAACUCGAUCUGUCGCUGUUGCUGCUGGCCGUAGCGGACGAGAUCAUCACCACCAACGACCCGGCCAUCACAGCGUCGAGCGUCUUCCGAGCUGGGCGCGUGCUGAGGCCGCUGAGGAUGCUGAACCACAACCACGAGAUGAAAGUGAUCCUGAACGCGGUAGCGCGCUCGCUGCCCCACGUAGGCAACGUGCUGGCCUUGUGCUUGAUCGUGUACAUCAUCUUCGGUGUCGUGGGGCGCUCCCUCUUCUCGGAGCAGUUCUACUACUGCAACGACAGUGACGUGGCCACAGCCGCAGAGUGUAUCGGCUUCUACUUGGUGUAUCCGGACGGCGUCUUACCACUGCAAGAAGCUGCAGCUCGAGGCGCCCCUGGUGACCCCAUCUUGAUGCCUCGCGUGUGGCAGAACGCUCGCUUCUCCUUCGAUAACAUCGGGGCGGGAUUCCUCACACUUCUGGAGAUGACGUCGCUCAAGUGGGUCGACAAGGCGUUCGCUGCCAUGGACAUCGCUGGCUACGGCAAACAGCCCGUGACGGAUGCGUCGGCCCAAGCCGCCAUCUUCUUCGUGCUGUACAUUUACGUGGGCUCGCUCUUCGUCAUCCGCCUCUUUGUCGGUGUCCUCGUCGAGCAGUUCCAACGCAACAACGGCACGGAGAUCCUGACUGAAAGCCAAAAGUCUUGGGUGGACCUGGAGAAGUUCAUCCUGCUGCUCAAGCCACUCAAGAGUAUACCGCGCCCGCGUCUCAAGAUCCAGGCUAAGAUGUACGACCUGUGCAAGCACCCCUACUUCUCGACGGGCAUCUCCAUCGCGAUAGUGCUCAACUUGGUGCUGCUGCUCGUGAGUCCGCGGUCGGAGGACGGCACUUCGUUGUCGUUCAAGAUCAUUGAGAUCAUCUUCUUGGGGAUUUUCACGCUCGAAGCGACCAUCAAGUGCAUCGGCCUGCGUCAGUACUAUUUGCUCCAGCCCCAGGGGAUCUUCGAGGUGCUGAUCCUGAGUGGCUCCAUCGUCGCGUACUUCUUCGCCACGGGCUACCACUCGAUCAUCCAGGCCGGCCGCAUCUUCCGCAUGAUGCGCGUGCUGCGCUUUGUGCACUUGAACCGCGGGAUCUACACCGUCUACCAGACUUUUCGGGCCUCGCUGCGGCCGCUGGGCCAGAUCUUCUUCCUCAUGUUCAUGAUCUACUUCAUCUUCGCCAUCGUGGCCCGCCAGCUCUUUGGCGGAGUGCGAUACGGGCCAGCGAUGAACUCCUUCUCCAACUUCCGCACGUUCGGGUCGGCCACUUUGCUGCUGUUUCAAAUAAUGUCUGGAGACGACUGGCACCUGACCAUGACGGAUCUCAUGGUCGAGAAACCUUUCUGCGCCGAGCGGAUCAGUGCCUCCACUGGCCGCGUGUACUCGGACUGCGGGAGUGUAGCGGGCUCUGCGUUGUUCUUCAUCACGUACGUGACGCUGGUGGUGUUCGUGUUCCUCAACCUCUUCAUCGCCGUCAUCCUGGAAAACUUUCGGAGUUGCUACCUCAAGAGCGACGUGUGCUCGGUCUCGCUGCUCGAUUUCGAGGCAUAUCGCGAGGUUUUCCUGCGCUACGACGUGCACAACACGGGGUGCUUCCCGUUGUGGCAGCUCGCGAGUUUCCUGGCCGAGCUUCCUCCGGGUCUUCGAAUCGAUGCCCACCGUCAGCGUACAACAUUUCUACAGCUACGAACACAGGCCCAAGCGCAGUGGGGCCCGGCCGCUGAUGGCCGCAAGCGGCCGUAUUUCAACGAGUUGCUGCGGAUUCUGUGCAUCCAUCAGCUUGGGAUCCGAUCGCUGCCCUACGAGCAGCAAAGGGACCGCGUGAAGCAGAUCUUCAUCUAUCGGGCCAAGGUGGCGCAGAUGCUCGUGGACUCGUACGUCAAGGGGUAUAUCCAGCGCUGGCGAGCGCGACGAGCUCGCUUGGCUCAGCUGGCACAGAUGAGGGUGGACAGAGGCACCUCGACAGCGGAAGACGGCGGAGUAGGAGAAGAUGCACCAUCGAGUCCGAGCAAGUCUCUGGCCAAAGAUGUUCAAACCCAAACGGAUCGACGGCAUCGCCACCAUCGCCACCGACAUCACCACUGCCGAAAGCAUCGAUCCCAGGAGCGUCGAAACGAAGAGGAAGCUGCGAUCCCUGAGGUCGAUGCGAGUCUCAACCAUGAAGAAGCAGCUUCAGUCAUCGACGUCCCCGAGUCCAAUGGCUUUGAUCACCUUGAGGCUCACCAAGAAGUGUCGCCUUCCAAGAUUCAAAUGCCUCACACUUUGCCGCCGCUUGUGAUGAAGCGAGAGCUGCCUAUGAUGGACGCUGCGCCAACUGGAAUACUGGGAGCGCUGUUCCCUGUGUCGCACUCGAACAAAGUACACCCGUCGUAG